AUGUUCGUCUUCAAGGGCUCUUCCUCCGGAGGAGUCAUCAAACAAGCGAGUGUCAACACAAACCGCGCCGUCAAAGAUCGACAAGUCCUUGCUAGAACUACGCAUUCCGUGCGCCUGUGUCACAGCGUUUACACGCCGCGCUCUACGUCGACGUGUACAGCGCGGGGCCCGCGGCCGCGAAACUCGAGACCAACCAACGCACGCUGCCUGCUGGUCGAGGACAUCGUCGGCGCCCGCUGGGCGAAGCUGCUGUGGGACGCCCCGUUCAACACUCUGUGCACGGUGCUGCGCAUCCCCGUGGGCGAGCUGCUCUCGGGCCCGGGGUCGGGACGCGCUGCUGGAGCCGGCGAUGCGGGAGGUCGCAGCGGUGGCGGCCGCCGCUCGGGCUACGGGGACGCGGCGUCGGAAGACAUGUUCCAGACCAUGCUUCACGACUCGGCUCCGACCAGCACAUUUCGGCCCAGCAUGUUGGUCGACCUUGAGAAUGGACGGCCACUGGAGUUGGAGGUCAUUCUUGGGGCGCCGUUGAGGGUGGCCAAGGAGAAGGGUGUCAGCACAGCGAUUUUAACUCGGGUCUAUAAGCUCUUGAAUCUGCUCCAGUGGAAGUUGACAUAA